CAGUCAACUCAGACUAUAAUUUAUUUAUUAAGUUAUCAUUUCAUAUAACUCUUAAAAACUUAUUAUUUAUUUCAUAUUCUGUACCAAAAAAUUCAACAAAAAUGUUGAGACAAACAUUAAUUGUUUGUUCAAUUCUCAUAUGUUUUGGACAAAUAAAUUGUGUAUUGAAUCCGAAAGUGGUCUGUUAUUAUGAGGACUGGUUCUAUUGGCGUACCGGCGACGGAAAGAUGACUGUCGAGCAUAUCGACAAUACCCAAUGUACUCAUUUCGUGUACGCCUAUCAGGGCAUUGAUAGGGACAGUACUAUCAAACUGGGCGACGACUACCUCAUGAAAGACUUGCACGAUUUGGACAAAUUCUCCAAAGGCAAGGGCAAAGGACAGGCACUGGUAGCCAUCGGUGGCUACUCCUAUUCGGCGGGUUUCACGCAAGUGGUGUCCACCGACUCGGACAUCAGGACCUUCACCAACAGUCUCAUGUCAUUCCUGAAGACUUAUAACUUUGACGGCGUUAUGUUGGACUGGACUCCGAAGGCCCAGUUCACCGCCUCGGAGGCCGAGGGGUUCGUCAAACUGUUGACCAGUAUUCGCGCCGAAUUUACCACCAAAUAUACCCUGGGUAUCACUGUUGGCGUCCAGGUUACCGGUCUCGAUGUGGCCAAAGUUGAUUCUUUGGUCGACAUAAUAGCCGUACAGACGUAUGACUUUCACGGCUCGUGGGAGAAGGCGGUGGGACUCGAGGACCCCAUUAGCUGGACAUUGGACUCAGCGAGGGCGUGGUUUAAGAACGGCGCCACUAUGACCAAGAUCAUUCCGACAAUUCCGCUGUACGGCCACACCUGGAUUCUGGCCGAUCCCACCAAAACAGAUCUCGGCGCCGAGGCUACCGGUCCUGGAAAGAUGGGCCCGUGGAGUCAAUCGGAAGGCAAACUCUUCUAUAAUGAGUUCUGUACUGAAGUCAAGAAAGACCCGACGGGUUGGGUGUUGCACAGGGAGGACAAGGAGAUGUCGGUGUACGCCGUGAACGGCAGGAAUUGGAUCACAUAUGAAGACAUCCACUCGUGUGAGGACAAGACGAAGGCCAUUACCACUGAGGGCUUCGGCGGUGUUGUAGCCCAGGCGCUCGCCUACGAUGACUUUAGGGGUCUGUGCGGCGAGAAAUUCCCGCUCCUGAAGGCUAUCAAUAAGGGUCUGAACAAAGACCCGGUGGUUGAGCCCACACACGGCCCCACCUCUGCCCCCACUCAGCCCACACCACCACCCGGUACCAUAUGCACGAAGGCAGGGCUGGUUCGGGACCCCAAGGACUGUCACUAUUACCAUAAGUGCACCGAAAUGUUUCCCGGAAUAUAUAGCGACGAGAAGAAGGCCUGCGAUGGGGUUCUCGUGUUUGACGAGAAGGACGGCACCUGUAAGGAGAAGCAGUUAGUGCCCGGCUGUUAGGACAGGCAUGUCAUUUGGUUUCGGAUACCGAUAUAUACUUUAAAUUAUGUUUUUUGUAUAAAUGUUUGAAAGAUAUGUUUGAAAGGAAUUGAGCGAUAAUUUUAAUUUUAAUUCCUAUUCUCGUUGUCUGUAAUUGACUUUAAAUGUGAUCAUCAAAUAAAUCAAAUUUAUUAGUAUUUCGCAAACAAA